GAGCCCGAACCGCUCGAUCCGGAGACCAGCGCACUAACCAUGAACCCACCGCGCCUGGUAGAGAGUAGUAAAACCUUAUAAUUCGAAUUGUCUUCUAAAAAUCAGAAACAGAAGGGACGCUACAUUCACAUAAGCAGGCAGCUUAAAAUGAACUUUUCGCAUAAUUCUUGCGUGAGAAACGUGUCGUGCGUGAACUAUCACAUACGGUCAGCGGCGUACCGCAAAGGAAAACAAGAUGGCGUCCGCAAGCUUGGAAGAGGAGGAGACAGAACUAAACUUUGGAAAGCUUCUUGUGAGAACAUUUAGUGCAAGUGCACCACCAGACACAAAGAGAGAUGCUCAGUGGAAAGUGGAGAGACUAAACCUUUUGAACAUCGCAAACCUUUGCAUCAAAAGUCUUAUCGAUUCGGCUCUAAAACUUGGAAGAGUUAUUGGAGACGAGCCUUUUGAACCAUUUCAACAGUUUUUCGUCGUGCUCGAGAGCAUUCUACGACAUGGAUUAAAAUUGAAACGCAAUAUUCUUGGUCACCGAAAGGACUACUGGGGACCUUUAGAAGCAUUAGAGCAAGUCGCUCCAGAGUCAUCAGAGAUUGUAAAGAGUGUCCAGAAUCUUCCAAACAUUAGAACCAAUCAUGGCAAAGGAAGAGCAUGGGUCAGAUUAGCACUGAUGCAAAAGAAACUGGCUGAAUAUAUUAUGAUCAUGGUCGAGAGCAAAGACCUGCUUCGAGAAUGGUAUGACCCUCAUGCCAUAUUAAUGCAGGAAGAAGGUGGAGUGGUAUCUGGAUUGCUUGUGGCGCUCAACAUAAUUGAUUGUAAUUUUGAUUUAAAGGGAGAUAGCCUUGAUGUCUGGUCAUCCGUUCUGGACCUGAGUUUGUAUCUCAAGGAUGGAAACUAUUUGGAAAAAUCACCAGAGGAUAAUAAGAAAGCGGAUGAAAACGAUGACAGUGAUUUGCGUGUCCUUAUGGAUCAAAAAGCGUAUUUAGAAGAAAUAAACCGAAACUUAAGUUCCACAGUUAGCACAUUGCAGUCAAAGUUAAAGAAUGUCAAAAUGACAAAUGAUGAUCUUUCCACACAGCUUACUUCAUGUACAGAACAGAUUGUGCAGCUGAUGCAAGAGAGAGACAUUUUACAGGAUGCAAAUAAUCAGAUGAAUGAAGUCAGUGCUAGAAAACUAAAGCUUGCCCAAGCAGAUAUCGAUGUAGAGAGGGAAACAUAUCAAAAAUCAAGGGAAGGUCUGAAUGAGAUGUACAACGUCAUUAGGAAACAACUGGAUUCAGAAAUACAGCUAAGGAAGGAAACAGAAAAGGAACUUGAGUUAGCAAGGAGCAUGAAAGAAGAAAGUGAAGUUGCCAUGCGGCUGCUAGAGAAGGACAUCCAUGACAAGCAGGACACGCUGAUCUCAAUACGAAGACAACUGGAGGAUGUGAAGAAACUCAAUCUUGAACUUCACAACAAGCUUCAGUUGAGUGAGUCAUCAACCAAGGACCACAUGGACAAGUGGACAGAACUGGAGGAGAAAUGUGCGAGGAUGAUUGGUCAUACCAAGGAACUGGAAACCAGUCUGAGUGAAGUCUCGUCAAAGAAGACUGAAGCGGAAAACUUGGUGGACCAGAUAAAUAAUAAACUGGCGGAUAGUGAAAGUGAAAGAACUGCAUUAAACACCAAUCUCAAAAUAGAACGCGAAUGGCGGACAAGUCUACAAGAAGAAUCAGUUAAAGACAAGGAGAGAAUAGGUGCUAUGCAAAUGGAGUUAAAACAACUUGAAAAACUUAAAAAGGAAUACCAAGUAUUACAUGAGAAAUACCUGUCUUUAAAAAAGGCCUACUCAGAACAGGAAACGGCUCUUGUAGAAAUGGGUUCUCACUUAUCAAAUUCACAGCAGAAAGUUGAAGAAAUGAAGGAAGUCACGCAAUCUAUGAAGGACAUGAAGUGGGCUGAAGACAAGGAUACUGCGCAAUGUCAACAGUGUAACCAGCCAUUUUCUUUGGCCAGACGAAAGCAUCAUUGUCGUAACUGCGGUGGUAUCUUUUGCAACGCUUGUUCGGAUUACACCAUGCCCCUUCCUUCCUCGGCCAAGCCUGUCCGCGUGUGUGACGCGUGCUACACAACUCUACUGCAAAGGUACCAGAGGUGACAGCAGUCAGCCAUACACUCGUUCAGGGGAUGUCUCGAUGUAUGUGCGUGUUGCGAUGUGGAGACGUUUGGUGAAACUUUCUUGGAGAAGAAUUUGAAGACAUACUUUCGUCUCGGCAAGAUUUUAAACUUUCUAGUACAGGCGAGAUUGAUGUUACUUUGAAAUUCGUAGUCUUUUUUACCAAACAGAGUCUAAUCUUGUACCCAGCUUUCCAAUGGCGCUACGCGUAGAGUGGGUGGUGGAUACGGGGAUAACUUGAGACCGAGUGUAGAUUUCUAAAUAAAGAGAAUAUUUCUGAUGCUAAAACAGCACUUCCGAUUUUGCCAAGUGUGGCAUGGUGAAGGCAGUGGCUUUAAAUUUCUUAAAUUAUUCUUGUAAAUUUGAACACCUGUCAAAGUAAUUCGUAAGUAGUUUUAUAAAUUCUAAAUACUUUGACAAAACUUCGCCAUAUUAACACGAUGAUGUGUUAGAAGCGAAGUCUUUUUUAGUUAAUUGACGCGAUGAAAGCUCGAGAAUUUUGCUUGUACCUUUGUAUAACCCGUUUUAAAUCUACCAACCUGAGCCCGCGGUGUGUAUACAACGACGUUGCUAAGUAGCAUGACAUUUGCGCAUUACACCCUCAUCGAACAUUCCUACAUGUGAGCUUUCGAGUGACAUUUUGAUUAAGAAAAUAGCCCAAAGAAAAUACGCGCGCUGAUUGGUUUAAAAUCGUGUUUCCAUAACUUAAUAGAAACACAGAA